CUCCCGUUCUGUUGCAGCAUCCAGCCGAUUAGGAGGAAUUGAGGAGGAAGAGGCAAAGGUGCCUUUUCUGUUUUUUUCUUGCAAGGUUCUGAGGAGGGUCCUCUCCCCUGUUGGGCGUGCGUUAAAAGAUCAUUGUUGAUGGUUCUGGCGGCAUUCUUUGGAUUGUCUUCCAUGGUGGCUGCCAUAUAAAAAAUCCCACAAGAGAAAGAAGAAGCUGUACCACGAUAGUACUUCAUCAAGCCAGAGACUUUCCUCGACCCACUAUCCCCAUUGCCAAUUCCUGUCCAACCAAUCCCACUUUGUACCCUUCGUUGAUUUUGAACAUAUUCCUUCCUUUCUCUCUGUUCUCUUUUCCUCUCUGCUUUCUGGAUUUUGGGGGCACCUUGAACGGAAGCCAUCCCUUCUUCCUAAGGGGGACUUGGAAAAAAACAAAAUGGGAAACAUGGGGAGCAGCAGCUCUGGGCGCCGAAGGCGGCGGAGCCACCCACCUCCUCCUCAGCCGCCUCCCAUGCCUCCUCCGCCUGAUGGUGCCGGCAACCGGUACGUGUUCGCCGCCGCCACCCCGUAUCCAUCUCAGUACCCUAAUCCGAAUCCGCCGGGUUACUAUCCGUACCAUGGAUACUAUCCGCAGCAACCGGUGCCCGGUCCUUACGGACCACCGCCUUACCCGAACUGGGCCGGUGGGCAGUACCCAUAUGGGGCCGUUCCUGCUCCUGUUACCCCCUAUGUCGAGCACCAGAAGGCAGUCACAAUUAGGAAUGAUGUUAACAUCAAGAAGGAGACGCUUCGCGUUGAACCAGAUGAGGAUGAUCCGGGAAAGUAUCUUAUUUCUUUCACUUUCGAUGCCACUGCUCCUGGAAGCAUCACUCUCAUCUUUUUCGCCAAGGAAACUGAAGGCUGUAACUUAAUCGCGACAAGGGAGAGCCUACGCAAACCUGUCACAGUAGAUUUUGAGCAAGGUCUAGGCCAGAAGUUUCGGCAACCUUCCAGGACUGGUGUUGACUCCUCGAUGCUUGAGGAAAUGGAUGCAGGAAAAAAUGGUGAUGUCGAGAUUUAUCCUCUUGCGGUGAAGGCUGAAGCGUGCCCGUUGAGUGCUGCAGAGACGGAUAGUAGUUCAGCUAGAAAUUCUCAGAUAACCCAAGCACUGAUUGAGAAAGGGAAAGAAGAAUACAAGGCGCGUGUGGUGAAACAGAUUCUCUGGGUUAAUGGGAUGAGGUAUGAGCUGCAGGAGAUUUAUGGUAUUGGAAACGCGGUCGAGGGGGAUUUCGAUGGUAAUGACUCUGGGAAGGAAUGUGUCAUUUGUUUGUCAGAACCACGGGAUACGACGGUCCUCCCUUGCAGACACAUGUGUAUGUGCAGCGGCUGUGCUAAGGUCCUCAGGUUCCGGACGACCAGGUGCCCAAUUUGCCGGCAACCGGUAGAGCGGCUACUGGAAAUUAAGGUGAACAAUGGCAGCGACGACUCUGAAGAGUCCACGACUAAAGCAACGUAAAUUAUCUUCACAUUGUACUGUUUUAUAUUCCCUGUCCACCUCAAUUGUACAUUCGGCAAGAUCUCGCCUGGAGACGGCUUCGCCACUGCUUGCACUCCAGCUCGGCUCUUGGUUGCUCGUGUCGAAUAACUGCUCGCGGAUUUAACGCCAAAAGGGAUUCGUUAUGGACAAUUUGUUUGAUGGAAGAUCGGGUUUGUAAUGGAAAUCGAUUUGGACUU